UCCUACAUUACGUCAUCGGGACCGGUGCGUUCGCAGUGAAUUUGGGGGAUGCAGCUCUGCAUGAUACAAAGCAUGCACUUGCAGGAAACACCGCAGAGCCUUUUGUAUUCUCAUCAUCUAGUUUGGUCUAAUAUCUGUAAAUAAAAGCGACACAAAAAACACUCCGCAGGUUAAUAGGCGGGACUUACUUCCGGCUGUUUAUCUCGGUGUGCAGCGCAAGGCCAGCCAGUGCAGGAUCAGAUAACAAGUUGUCUCUUCACAAUCCUGACUAUGCUGAGCUGCUUGCUGCGAGGAGGCUGCAGUCCUCUCCUCUGCCUGUGGGCCCUGCUGCUGCCUCUGGUCUCCCUCCAUAGCGUGAACCAACAUGGGCGCAGGAGCCACAGUGCCAAGGAGCGGCCCAAGUUGCUGCUUGUGUCCUUUGACGGCUUCCGAUGGGAUUACAUCGACCGAGUCCCGACACUUAACUUCCACAACAUCAUUGAUAACGGCGUGAUGGUGGAGCACGUGGAGAACGUUUACAUUACCAAGACCUAUCCCAACCACUACAGCUUGGUGACAGGGCUGUACGCUGAGACGCAUGGCAUUGUGGCCAACGAGAUGUACGACCCUGUUCUCAACCGCUCCUUCUCCAUGGAGACGGACAGUGUUUAUGAGUCGCGGUGGUGGGAAGCAGCGGUACCACUAUGGGUCAGCAUCCAGAAAGCUGGAGGUCGAAGCGGGGCGGCGAUGUGGCCGGGGUCUGACGUCAAGAUCCACGGCAUGUUCCCCAAUCGGUACCUCUUGUACAAUGCCUCAGUGUCCUUUGAAACCAGAGUGGAGCGGCUUAUCGAGUGGUUCUCUGCACCCAAAGAGGCAGCAGUGGAUUUUGGAGUUCUGUACUGGGAGGAGCCGGAUGAGAGCGGGCACAAACUCGGACCCGAGAGUCCUCUCAUGGAUGUAGUCAUCGCCGGAAUCGACGAGAAGCUCGGCUUCCUCAUGAACGAGCUAAAGAAGGCUGGGCUGUAUGAGAAAGUGAACCUGAUCGUGACCAGCGACCACGGCAUGACGCAGCUCUCCUCUGAUAAGAUCAUAGAACUGGAUGAGUAUGUGAGCAGAGACCUGUACACCUGGGUGGACAAGAGUCCGGUGGUGGCAUUGCUUCCCAAAGAAGGGAAGCUUGACGAGAUUUACGACAAGCUGGUGGAUGUCAACCCUAACAUGGUGGUUUACAAGAAGGAAGACAUUCCCGAGCACUUCCAUUAUCAACACAACGUCAGGAUCAUGCCGAUCCUCAUCGCGGCCAAGGAGGGCUGGACCGUGAUGCAGAAUAGGACCGGGCCCUUCAUGCGUAUGUAUUCAAAACUCAUAUAA